AUGAGGAGGAUGCCACGGCCCAAGGUAGUGGCGGUGAUCACUCUGACAAUAUGGGCGAUGGCGACUUUCUGUGCAUGUUCUGUGACGCGCAGAUAUGAACGGUUCAGUCGCGGCGUCCAGCUUCUUCCGGGACAAGUGGGGAAAACGGUUCAUGUGGCAAAUGAACUGCAGUGCGCGAUCGCCGCCGCGCAGAGAGACCUGGAGGUGUUCGGCGUCCACGUGUCUGCGGGCGGCGCGGAGUGCUCUCUCGCCGCCUCGGGCAUCUCGGGGCCCCUAGACCUCGAGACCGUUCAGGACCCUUCCUUCAGCGUGUGGAUCGUGCAGGGCUUCUAUGCAGUGGAAACAACAACAACCACGUCUACCUCUACGACCACCACCGGACCUACUACCACGACAGGACCGACUACCUCGCCGUCGCCGUGGGCUCUGCUCGACCCCGCCCACACCAUGCUCCUCCCAGAAAACCCGAACUGUGUGGACCUGGGGAACGGGCCCUCUGGUACAGAUAUAUCAAACAUUCUUUCCGCCCACAACAACUAUCGUGCGCAGGUGGCCAGGGGCGAGGAGUCCAGGGGGAACCCGGGGCCGCAACCCAACGCAACCAACAUUCGCGAAAUAGUGUGGAGUGCCGAACUGGCGAUGAUUGCACAGGCUUGGGCUGCGCAGUGUCCAACCAUGAAUGAUUGCCAGACCUGCCGCAUAACUUCCACCUACAACUACGUGGGGCAGAACAUGUUCACGUCCUUUGCUCUCGAUCCCAGUUCGGCAUGGAAUGCGGCAGUAACGAAGUGGUAUGAUAACGUAGUUGAUUUCCCCAACACAUACGUAUCGUCGUUCGCAAGCGCCGGUAUGGCAGGAGGUUACACACAAGUGGUUUGGGCCGAGACUCUGGAGGUGGGCUGUGGAGGGGUGCAUGUCCAAGGCUCUAUGUAUAUUGAGAAGUACUACGUGUGCAACUACGGCCCUUCUGGAAACUUCAUGGGCUGGCCUGUGUAUGAGGCCGGUGACACUGCUUCUGCCUGCCCUGCGGGACCAUCCACUACUUAUCCUGAUCUUUGCGCUUAGAAUGACCUCAUGCCACGACCCAGGACGACCACCAUUAAAUCUCUGACCUAUCAUGAGUACUGGCCAUUCUCAUCCACGU